CCGUAAAUUUCCUCCUCUUCCAGUGACGUCAGUAAAAUGGCUUCCAGGGGCUGAACCGCAGAGCUGGAGAGGCCGGUGACUUACCGGAGACCCCUGGGGUGGGGUGAGAGCCGCGGCAAGCCAAGUCCGACUGUACGUGAUGGGAUAUUGCUAAUGUCAUAGGAUAUUAUAGCUUCCGGCCCGUGUGUACAGUGUAGUAUGUAUAUCAUAUGCAGGACUUCCACAAUCAGUUGUGACUGCUGUCAUGUGCAAACUUGUUAUAGACAACACCCCGGCCAAGCACUCUAGGAAUAAAGCCCUUACUCCUGCCAGGCACAUCAGCGCCCCCUCUGAAAUUCCUAAUUCCUCCAGAUUUGAAUACUGUUUUUACCUGAAGCGUUUCUUUGGAACUGAUUACUAUUCUGCGUCACCACAGCUCUGUUUGCCUAAUUCAUAAGGUCUCCCAAGGCUCUCAGAGGGAGGGUGCUGUCAGCGUCAGUAAGUGAUACCCUCUUCUGUACCUCAACUUCCCAGAGUGCCCCAUGUCAUGGAUCCGAAUGAGAAAAUCCAGGACGGCCAUGGUGUGGGGCUCACCACCCACCAAGCACUGUCACGUCUGCAGGAGCAGCUGUCUGCGGAGCUGUCCAACCACCAGAGACAGAAGAAGAAAGUUCCGUGGAAGGACUGGAUGAGGACUUUCUUGUAUCACAAAAAUCGCUCUUCCUGCUUUCACUGGCCGGGCGCUGCACUCAUGUUGCUGGCAACUUUGCUGCUUCUCUGUUGUUUCGGCAGUCAGCCCCAGGGGGGCCAGGGCUCGGAGGUGGGUAAUGCCUGUGCCCUUCUAACGCUGCUGCUCCUUGAUCUGUUCCUGAUGAGGCGACUGGAGAUCCUCAAACAGCAGGAGGUGGAGAGGAGACUGAUAAAGAUCAUCGAUGACAUUAAAGAUAUCCUUAGUAGAGGGACAGAGCUUGUUUGGGGAGAUGCUCUGUAUCCUGAUCUCUACAUGCCCUCAGCCCCUUCAUGGUCCCUACAUUGGGCUUAUCGAGAUGGACGACUCGUGAACUUGCCAGUCAGCCUUCUGGUGGACGGAGACGUCAUUGCCCUGCGGCCUGGGCAGGAAUCAUUCGCCUCUGUGAGGGGCAUAAAGGAUGAUGAGCACAUAGUCCUCGAGCCAGGCGACCUCUUUCCCCCUUUCACUCCUCCGCCGUCACCUCGAGCUGAGGGUAAGAGGGUCCCCCAGGAUCCACAGCAGCAUCACCUGUUCCGUGUCACCAGAACUCCGGUCUUGGACAACGUCAGGAACUGGUUGGAUCAGGCCUUGUCUCGGCCAGUAACAGCCCUGGAUAAUGAACGGUACACAGUACAGUCGGUGAUGCUGAUGCACGCUGUCCCCAGCAUAGUGGCUGCCUUCCUUAUCACCAACGCAGUGCGUCUUAUAUUUAGUGCUCCUGGCAUCCCGCCGUGGCCAUAUGCUCUGUUACAACUACAGGUAAAUGCAGUGCUCCCUGUUCUGCCGCUUCUCUUUCCAGUCAUGUGGAUCCUGGUCACUGCACUUGGGGAAGCACGAGUACUGGCACAAAUGAGCACAACCUCCCCAACCUCCUUGAUGGCCAAGUUUUCCGAAGAUACACUCAGCAGCUACACAGAGGUCGUGUCUGCACAGGAAAUGAUGCGCUGCUUGUGUUUUCACUUCCUGCAAGUCCUAAGGGGCAAAAGCGAGAUUCUGGCCUACACUUCCAGCUUGUUGCACGGCUUGGGGUCUGUUACAGUUCUGUGCUGCGUGGAUAAGCAAGGGGUGCUUUCAUGGCCCAACCCUUGCCCAGAAACUGUCCUGUUCUUCAGCGGAAGGGUGGAUCAGACCACUGACAGACAUGAUGAUGGCGGUGAUCAGAUGUCCCUUAGAUCCUACUGCCAGGCUGAUCUUGAGGAGGAGCCACAAGAGAUGGUGGCUCUUUUGACAGACACGGACGCUAUGCAACUCGUGAAUGAGCAGGAGAGCCCGGAGAGACAAGGGGAUUCUAAGACUUCUGACCCUCCACGCAAAGGACACAGCAGGACCAAGCACACUUCAGGGUCCAAUGUCAGCUUCAGCCAAGAUACGGCAGGAACGGGCAACAGCGAAAUAGAUGAUUAUGUGUGCGACUGCCACCUAGAGAUGCUGCGCCUUUCCCAGGAUCAGCAGAACCCACAAAGUAUCCAGUUUGAUGAGUCCAAUUGGCAAGUGCACCUUAGUUCCCUGAAGCCAUUGGGACUUAACGUGCUGCUAAACCUGUGUAACCCAGCAGUGACUGCCACACUUUGUCGCUUUUCCGAUCACCUGCGACACAUCGCUCUCCAAGAGACGCACUGCUCGGUGUUGCCGGGGCAUAUUCCUUGGGGCCUCUGUGAUUUUUCCAGAUUAAUUGGAUUUACCCCUGGAGCCAAGGAUCUAUUUAAGUUGGAGAACCAUGUUGCUCUCUACCAUCUCCCAAACGACGAAGCUGUGAAGGACAAUCUGCUGUCGAAGCUCUCCGCUUCGGCCAAGCGAAGACCUCCUCUUAGUCACAUGAUCAGCCUCUUUGUCAAGGAUGUUACUACUAACACUGAACAGAUGUUGUCCCAUGGAACGGCAGACAUUAUCCUGGAAGCCUGCACAGAUUUCUGGGAUGGAACUGACAUUUACCCUCUGUCUGGCUCUGACAGGAAGAAGGUUCUGGAUUUCUACCAGAGAGCCUGUCUUUCUGGUUACUGCUCUGCUUUCUCUUACAAGCCCAUGCACUACUCCCUUUCUCCUCACCUGCAUGGGAAGUGCAUAGAGUUGCUGCAUGCUCCGGGGCACAGUGCCCUCUCUGCGCCAUGGGAUUUUGCUGGGAGCAUUGCCGUGAAGCCUGGGGGCAGACAUGACAGCUGGAGCUCUGAUGAAGGUAUUGGGGAAGUGAUAGAGGAUUUCACACAGGCUCUGAGCGGCCAGAUCUUCAUGGGAAUGGUCUCCUCGCAGUAUCAAGCUCGGCUGGAUAUCGUUCGGCUUAUCGAUGGGUUAGUUAAUGCCUGCAUCCGAUUUGUGUACUUCUCAAUGGAGGACGAGCUACAGAGUAAGGUCUUUGCAGAGAAGAUGGGUCUGGAGACAGGAUGGAACUGUCAUAUAUCUCUGACGCCCAAUGGGGAUGGACCUGGGUCUGAAGUGCCCCCCUCUAGCCCAAGCCAUGCAGGCUCUUUGCGGGAUGAUCUGCACCAGGCCUCUCGAGAUGAUGCUGAAGGGCUGCUUCUCAUGGAGGAUGAAGGUCACUCGGAUAUGAUAAGCUUCCAGCCUACAGACAGUGAUGUCCCAAGCUUCUUGGAGGACUCGAAUAGGGCAAAGCUUCCUCGGGGAAUCCACCAAGUCCGACCGCACCUGCAGAACAUUGAUAAUGUGCCUCUGUUGGUCCCGCUGUUCACAGACUGCACGCAAGAGACCAUGUGUGAGAUGAUCCAGAUUAUGCAGGAGUACGGAGAGGUAACGUGCAGCAUAGGGAGCUCGGCAAGUAUCCGGAACAGCGGCCUCUUCUUACAGAGCGAUAUCAGUAUCUGUUUGGACCCUUUGUAUCCAUCUCGUUGUUCUUGGGAGAUGUUUGGGUAUGUAAGUGGCCCCCUGCGGAAAACAGCCUCAGAGGAACUUUCCCCCCUACAGCUUUCUGCCGCCCUGAACUGCCUGCCCUGUUCCAUAUCCUUCCGACAGGAGGAGUGUGUGGGCAUCAUCCGCCUCAUUGAACAGGCGCGCCAUUCCACAUACGGUAUCAGGAAGUGCUUUCUGUUCCUUCUGCAGUGCCAACUCACCCUUGUCAUUGUGCAGUUUUUGGCUUGCCUGCUGCAGCUGCCUCCUAUUCUUAGUACCACGGAUAUUCUCUGGCUGUCCUGCUUCUGCUAUCCUCUUCUCAGUGUGUCUUUGCUGGGGAAGCCUCCAGAUAAUUCUAUAAUGGGUGUGGCCACUGGAAAAAACCUUCGUGCAAUUCCAAAAAAGACACAACACUAUUUUCUGCUCUGCUUCUUGCUCAAGUUCCUUCCGUCCUGCUGCUGCUGUUUGGCUUGCUUCUGGUUCUCGCUGCAGAGAUUUUGCGAGAUCUCCGCUCACAGCAACUCCACCAAUUGCUCAGGAAUUGCCACAUACAGUUACUCUGUCGUUGCCCCGGACUGGUUUGGUUCCCUUUCCGGUGCUCUGCUGCUGGCUCAGAAGCUCUCCGCUUGUCUCAUUGUUUUGCACAUUGUGUUUAUCUCCGUCAGUCACGUGCAUCGUUCCAAGCCGCUGUGGAAAGGAAGCCCUUUCAGGAAUUGGUGGUGGAGUGCAACUCUUCCUGUGCUGGUUCUGGCUCAGGGACUACAGGCUGCUCUGGACCUGCAGCUUUGGACAAACAAGGACACCCCCCUGACCUUUCACCUUUGGGACAUCCCUCUUUUGACCUGGCUACUGGGGACGCUUUCGCUAAUUGUUAUACUUGUCAUUAAUGAGUUGGUCAAAUUGCAUGAAAUCAGGGUUCGAGUGCGAUACCAAAAGCGGCAGAAACUGCAGUUUGAAACCAAACUUGGCAUGAACUCUCCGUUCUGAUCCCUUUCCCAAUGUGCAGUUCAUGGGGAAUACUUUCUGACCUGACGUUAAUGAACGACCCCCUUGAUGGAUGAGGGAGGAGGCCAAGAGCGCCGGUAUUGUUUAACCCUAACAAUCACAGAAAGGUGCCGCUUUUCUUCCACCAAAAAGCCAGCCCUCACCGUCUGUGCCUCCUCCCCACCUCCUGUGCCUCUGCACUCUCCCUGCCUGUUUACAGACAGUUGGCAGCCGGAGAGUCACCUGCACCUUUCCUUUGUCUGAGCGCAGUCCUUGCCCCUCUGCACUGAUAAAUUGAGGGGAAGAUAGCAUGUUCCUCCACAACCUGAAGCAUGGAUUGUAAUGCUAAUGCACAGCAACCCCUAACUGUGCCACAGGCCUCUGUGCAUGGCUUAGCUAGUGUAUAAUGAACUUCAGUGCCCUUUAGAAACCACUAGACCUCACCAUGGUCAGCAUGAAUGGAACAGGCUACUUUUUUUAAUGAUACUUAUUUUUUAUGAAUUGUCUAUAAUGUGAUUUGUAUAAAAAAAUACUUGUAAAUAAAAUAUAUAUAUAUGUGAUCACA